GGUGGCACCUUCCAAGCAGCUCAAACUUGCUCAUUCCCUCGAUAACUUGCUCAUAAGCUCUCAACGAGGCUUGAAGGCGUCGCACGCAAGCCGACGCUGAAACCAGAGCCAGAAUAUAAAUCAACACAGCAAAUGCUCUACUUGUCUGCUUCAUCUUGACAUUCUUUCGGCACAUACCUAUAAAUACGACCGUUCGCGGAACCCCACACCACCCCAUACCAACCUGCUUAGUCAGCAAUCCAUCCAACAUCAUGUGCAACGGCUCCUGCAACUCAGCCAAGCUCUCGACGGGCGGCACCAUAGCCGUGCUUCGGCCUACAGCGUGUAUCUCCGCGGCCUCUGCCCCUGUCGAUGACCUUCUCCACACGGCCAACCCCGCAGUCGAGUGCGAUCUGUUGUUUGAAAACUCCGGGGACCACGCCGGCAACACGCAAGCCAUUUUCCGGACCAAGGACGGCAGCCGCUUCGAUGCCUUUCGGGGCCAUUUCAUGGUGAUCCACCGUGACGGUGAUGCCCGCAACGCAGCGUCACUGCGAGAGGAUAUGCGCAACGCGCUACACACGAUCGAGAUUUCGGCGGCGCCGGACGCAACGGCGAGCGGACUGGCGCGAAUGGAGCUGCCUGAGGAGCUUCAACUGUCGGUGGGCGGACAGGGCGUGAUCGGUCGACGGGUUUCGAUCAUGACGGGCAUGAGGGACAGUGGGGCGCGGGUAGCAGAGGGAAUUAUCGGCUGGAACUGA